GUUGACCAAAUCUUAGUUUAUAAAUCAAACUUAUUGUCACACGUAUAUCACUUCUGGAUUCAAACAAGAAGAAUCCUACAUAGCUAGACUAUCAACCUUUGCUCCAGUUUCAUGGAUACCUCUCAAGAACUUGAACUCCAGAACCAAGGCAAUGAUUCUACUAAUCACCAGAUGGAGCUUUCAUCAUCACCAAGAAGAAACAAGAAAUACACAUGGUGGUUGAGGAUUGGGGUGUACAUCAUUUUUCUGGUCGCCGGCCAGUCCACCGCCACGCUGCUAGGGCGGUUUUACUUCGACAAAGGAGGGAACAGCAAGUGGAUGGCGACGCUGGUUCAAUCCGCCGGCUUCCCGGCCUUGGUCCCACUCAUCUUCUUCUUCUCCGCAAAGUCUUCAUCAUCAAGAACAGGACAACCUCGUACUAGAAUCAGAAGGACAUGGCUGCUGUCCCUUUACGUGUUCUUCGGCCUGCUCUUGACAGCCGACAACAUGAUGUAUUCCUACGGCCUCCUCUUCCUCCCUGUCUCCACCUAUUCCCUCCUCUGCGCCACCCAGCUCGCCUUCAAUGCCCUGUUCUCCUUUCUUAUCAAUGCCCAUAGAUUCACCCCCUUGGUGCUCAACUCCGUCGUCCUCGUCACUGUCUCCGCCGCCCUCCUCGCUGUCCACUCCGAUGACGCCACGGCGUCAAGAGUUCCGAGGGGGAAGUACGUCGUGGGCUUCUUGUGUACGGUGGGCGCCUCUGCUGCCUACUCCCUAUACCUUUCCCUCAUGGUUUGUCUUGUGCUUUAAAGUCAAUUUAACUCACCUAUAAAUGUUCCACUUUAGAUCAUGAUUGAGUUGACUAAGACUUACAAGAUUUUUUUAUUAUUCAUAUCACUCAAAUAUGACUUUCUCUAGAGAAGAUAUGAAGUAUUUGUUCAUGAAGUAUUUGUUCACUGUUAUGUCAUUUACAGGAACUGUCGUUCAAGAAGGUGAUCAAGAGGGAAACAUUUGGUGUGGUCUUGAACAUGCAAGUUUACCCGUCAUUCAUUGCGUCUUGCUGCUGCGUGGUUGGGCUUUUUGCUAGCGGGGAGUGGAGGAGUUUGAAGGGGGAGAUGGAUGGUUUUGGGAAGGGGAAGGUGUCAUAUGUUAUGACAUUGGUCUGGACAGCUUUGUCUUGGCAAAUAUGUUCUGUUGGUUUGUUGGGAUUAGUAUUUGAAGUUUCUUCUUUGUUCUCCAACGUCAUUAGUACAAUUGGUUUGCCUAUUGUUCCUAUUCUUGCUGUCAUAUUGUUUGGUGACAAGAUGGAUGGAGUUAAGAUCAUUGCUUUGCUCCUUGCGCUAUGGGGAUUCCUCUCUUAUGUUUAUCAGCACUACCUUGAUGAUUCCAAGCCCAGUAAACCACCUACUGUAGUAUAGAUAAGCCUUCUGCUAUUUUUUUUUUAAAAUCUUGUACAUUUGACUGGCUAUAGCUUAUGAGAUUGAGAAGCCUUCUGCUAUUUUUUUUAAAGUUUGUACAGUAUGACUGGCUAUAGCUUAUGAGAUUACAGUGGCCCCGUGAAA